UGAUUGGAUCAACUGAAACCAACAACUACUGUACAUCCACGACUCGCUUCAUGUCAACUGUCGACAAAUUGGUUUGAUCUUCGCUCUUUUCGUAUAUCGGAUAUCAACACGAUAUUGCCCGUCGCUGACCGACUCACUUCCUCUCCCUCCAGCCGAAUUGUAUCGCGACCGCGUCCCCAUCUCCCGCCCCCCGGGCCAUCGAAAACGAACGCUGUGAAAUUCAUCUAAGAGCGAAAGUCCUAUGAACAAUCCAAGCAGAACUCCAGCGGCCGAUAGAUCCCUCCCUCCUUAAAUCCAGAUUAUUGGCUUCUGCGACGCUCCAUCAUACUGUUCCGGCUGAACCGAACAAGCAUCCCUAUGGGUGUCUGCUGCGCCGUCCCAAGUCACCCAACCGCCUAGUAGAGGGUUGAUACCCUCCAUGGCUCGAUGGCCUCGUCAGACCAAGCGUCGGGAUACUCGGUGACACCUACUCAGGGCCGCUUCAAUAUCCGCCAUGCAUCCAGGAAAAGUGAUGACCUCUCUACCUCUCAACGACCCUUUAUGAAAGAUGGCCGCUCCCUGUCCGGCGGAAGCGCUCAGUAUGGCCAAAAGGCUUUCAUGCCUGCCUUCACUCCUGCCAAUCCUCCUGGAAGUUUCAGUACGGAUAUGAGAAAUACUACGCAUUCGGGAAGGACUACUCCGCAGACGGAAGUGGCAGGCGUCACCUUUGCCCGCCUGCCACCGCAAUACAAGGAUGCCGAUGUUCUUACUACCUCGGAGCAGCGGCAAGCUGCGGUUCGUGAUAAAAUUGCAAAGGAGAUGAAAAUCAAGCUGGGGACCGAGAACAUGCUGGAAGCACUGCUGAGCAAGAACAAUAAACAGACCAAGGAACAGAGGCAGAAGGUCGAGAUGGAGUUGGGGUCUUCCAACAGAAAACUGGCUGAACUGAAGCAAGAACUUGACCAGGAGAUCAUGCGUUCUCAGACGCCGACCACCCCGCCGAACAACCGGCUGACCAGUUAUUUUCGAGGUAGCCCCCUGAAGUCCCCUGCGCUGGGACAAAACCAGGGCCCUGAUCUCACCGAGUCGAUCGACAGCGAGUCACCUACGGUGGUGCUCACAGAGACCCUUCAACAGCUCGAGGCGGACGGAAUGCCCCCGGAUUAUUACAUCGAACGCGCAAAUACUCUAGUCGACCUGUUGAAGCGAAACCCUGGUCUGAAGUAUGACCUGGCCUGGAAAGUCUUCAGCGAGAGGGUUCAGAUGAUGUUGCUCAGCGAAAGCUCUGAUGUCGUGGCCGCGGGCUACAGACUGACUCGACACGCAAUUGCUGAUCGGAAAUCCCUGCAGACAAUCCGGACGCUCCAUACGGACGAAUUGGUCAUCCUAUCUCUGGUCAAGAAAGCCAACGCUAUGCUGGAACGCGAGCAGGCAAUCAAAUUUGUGCGUGCAUUCUUGGAUGUCAAAGACGGUGUCUACGAGAUUUCGCGUGCCGUUGUCCGCAGUCUAGUCGCGGUCGCCGAAACAUAUGACGACCGAUUGAGAGAUAUCUGCUUGGUGACGCUAGCUGAACUCCUGAUGAAACACACAGAACUAGUCGUCGCAGCAAAUGGCAUGAGCACCCUUACCGAGGCCCUUGCGGAUGGCUCCUUCCCGGCUCCCGAAGGACUUGUUGCGAGCUUUCUUCACAUACUGGACCAUCCACAGCUGCGCAAGUACUUACAUACAGGCCGAGAAUUUGAAGCAAUGUUUGCUCCGUUUACGGACCCCCUGCUGUUGAACGGCAACGAGGAGAAAUUGAAGACCUGUGCUCAGGCGAUUGCGGCAAUGCUCAAGACUUGGCCUGGCUUCCUCCUGCUGUCGAUGAACGGGGCCUCUCCUCUUCGGUCUCUGAUUGAUUCGCUGGUCUACCCCAUAACGCAAUCUCGAGAUAUUGUACUGGAGCUCUUUUUCGACAUCCUCCGCAUCAAGCCACCUUCCUGGUCGACAUCGUUCCUGGCCGGUAGAAGGUUGACAACCUACGGCAGAGUCAAUACCUCGCAAGUGGAGCAACCAUCCCAGAGACAACUGGCAGAGUACAAUGCAGAGGGGAGAUUUGAUCUAACAUACCACUUCUCGGCGUUCGUGCUGGCGGCACUAGUAAAGGCUGGUCUCAUUCCUGCACUGGUGGAUCUGAUCAAAAUCGAGGAGGACCUGGCACUGAAGAGGAAGGCGACUCUUUUGUUGACCGAGGUUUUGAAACUUGCACAUCACACUCUACCCGAAACGAUCAGUUCAGGUAUCCAGGUACUUGGAGAUCUUGUGCCCAGCAGCCUCGACUACGGCUCCGAAACAACAGCUAUCAACAUGGGUAUGAUCUACCAGAUCGAAAGCAUCAACCGAGCACUUAAUAGAGCUUCUGCCUCCGCACUAGGAAGAAUUGAACAGGUCGACGAACUAGCGGUCGGUCCUCAGACUGUUGAAAGAACCAAAUACACGGCCAUGAUGGACGGGGAUCAGUUCCGACAGGCCAUGGCCGACAGCCAGGUCACCAGUCAUUCACAAUACAUCAAAUGGAAAUGGGAACUGAUCCAAGGCUUGGUCGAAGGGCCGCUGACCAAUCCUAAAAGGUUGGAGGAGGCUAUCAGGUCUCCCAAAUUCAUGAAGAGGCUUGUGGGGUUCUUCCGGCCAUUCAAAUACCGAUUUUCUACCAUAAGAAACACACGACCCAACCAGCGAUACAUUCGUACUGGCUGUGCUUUGAUGCGGACACUUACUCAAACCUCGUUAGGUGUACAAUACCUUGCAGAGAACAAAUUGCUGCGGCAGAUCGGUGAAUGCCUCGCCCAGGUCGAUCCGCAUAGCGGCAUCACUUCGUCCAACCCAUUGUUCGAACGGCACAAUAUGGCGGAGACACUCAGCGGAGGCUAUUUUGCCAUGCUGGGCGCCCUCAGCCGUUCUGCUGAGGGGAUGCGUCUAAUGGAACAGUGGCAUAUGAUGGACAUUUUCUACCACCUUGUUGAACUCAAAGACCGGGACGACUUGAUUCGGGCACUCCUGGGUAAUAUGGAUUACACCUUGGACACCCAUCUUCGCGUUAUCCUGUCAAAAGCACUGACCUCCGGCGUCAAGGACAUCCGACUCUUUGCGACCAAGCUGCUUCGGCGAUAUGCGGUAGGUCGCGUGCAGUAUUCAUCAGGACUACAAGAUCGCUCAAGUUCGCAUUGGGCUCUUCGACUAGUUCUCACGCAAUUAUACGACCCGGACGUCGAAGUCGGCGAAGUAGCGGUCAAAAUUCUCGAAGAGGCGUGUAACCAAAGAAGCCACUUGGAGUACGUUGUCAAAUGCAGACCAUCUCUAGAUCACCUCGGUGAGAUCGGCGCUCCGCUCCUAUUGCGCUUCCUUUCGACCUCUGUCGGCUACCGAUAUCUCAGCGGGCUUGACUACAUCACGCAGGAAAUGGACGACUGGUUCCUAGGGCGCAAUGAUGCGUAUGUGGCUCUGGUGGAAGCAUCGAUUCUUCGAGCAUACAUGGAUGGCAGUACUGGUAAGGUGCAUUUCAAUGAAGAUGCUACCGUGGAUCUGCACGAGGUUGGAAUUGCCCCUCCCCAUUUCUACCGAGAACUGGCCCGGACGCAUGAGGGUUGCAAACUUCUGAAGCAGUCGGGACACUUCUACGAGUUCUCGUCCACGAUCCGAGAUUUCCACCUUGACGAAGAAGACCCAGAAAUCCUGACCAAGGUGAAAGGCUGCAUGUGGGCUGUUGGCAAUAUUGGGUCGAUGGACCUCGGUGCACCAUUCCUGGAAGAGGCGGAUGUGGUUACCACCAUCGUGAGGAUUGCAGAAGGUGCUCAAGUUCUGUCGAUGCGAGGCACCGCGUGUUUUGUUCUAGGCUUGAUAUCACGUACUCUUCAUGGGUUUGAAUUGCUUGCUGAAAAUGGGUGGGAUACGACGGUGGACCCCCGAGGGCGUUCGCUUGGUCUCUGCCUGCCCCGUCAUUUGGAGGCCUUGUGCUUGAAAUCGGUCGGAUCUGCCACUGUACCGCAAUCACCAUCACCCGAGAACGAUGCCAAGUACAAAGCCGCCACGACGGACGAAAACCCAGUGAGAGCCAAGAUACUCAAGUCCGUUGUCGAGAUGGGGAACUCUGUCAUGUACAAGAAGGCUGCGGCGGACCUGCACGCGCUCAAAACGAGACAACCCAGCCACUUCGGCGACACGGAGAUGUUUCGGAAAACGCUGGUCAUCUUGGAGAGUCAUCAUUAUCGCCUGCAGGCGCGGCACUACAUCCUCAACCUCUUCAACAAGGGUCUGAUGCGAAAGAUUAUUUUUGACGAAGAGAUGGGAGACUCCACCGAGUCCGAUACGGGAUAGUUGUGUCACGUUGACACAUGGAGGACCACUGAAUACGGACUGAUGAUUGAUUCGGAAUGCACGAUAGUGAUGCUUCGCUUGUAACUUUCCGAAACUCGAGACCUCGGGGAAGCAAAGUCCACAGGGCGGAUCUUGUUAAACAUAUAGGGUCUAGGAGGGCCUGGAACGCAUGGAGAAGGGGACAUGUGGCGGUAGGACCAGUUCGAAAUAGCGUGGCGUAUUACGGUUAUGUCGCCAACAGUUGUGGGCGGAUGUAUUGGGUAUGGUUUUCGGCAGGAUACUUUGUGGAACAGAACGGGAGGCAAGGCAUGGCGUUCUUCUGCAUUUGGUAGCCGGUUAUGCCAUGCUUUCAAGUGGGUUAUCUCGCGUCGCUGUGCGCAUGCUUUCUGGCUAGAGGAAGCUAGCAUGGGAUCGUUAUAGAUUAUGCGGCACUGGAGAGAAGGAGGAAGAGCACCAAUGAGGCAUGAGGCUCGAUAUGGGCCAGAGGUCUCAGAAGUUGAGUCCAUGACAUGUACAUUUUGGAGGUGGAACUAUCAAAAGUUGUUGAUAUCACGUGUCGGAGGUCACGUGAACUGAAAAUCACGUGCGAAUACAGGGACUUGGUGAU